AUGGAAACCGGCGACUUCAGGCGAUUGCACCACCAAAGAGGCUUUCGAAAUCCUAAACCAACAGGUUACCACACCCAUUCCCUCCCAUGGAGCAAGAAGAAUCACGUCACAGACCUUUUCAAGCGCAUCUGGCGAUACAAAACCAUACCUCCACGCAUAAAGACAUUCUCCUGGAGACUACUUAGGCAAGCCUUGGCAACUGGUUCCAUGCCCGGGCGCUUCACAAAGCACGUUAACCAAAAUUGCCAAUUAUGCGGCCCCAGAUGCUACACUGAUGCAGCUUUGUCCCCAGAUGAUACUUCAGGUGCAAUGAGACCCACUGGUUUGGGAAUAUUCAUCUUCAACUCCAACUCCAUGCAGCCUCUUGCAAUAUACAUCAAAGCCAAAUCUCCCGCAGUUAGUUCAGUCCUGAUGGCUGAAGCAACUGCUCUAUCCCUGGCGGCCAAAGUUGUUCGGCUUCUACAUAUUGGCCAAGUCAAUUACUUCUCUGAUAAUGAGAUCUUAGUGAAGCUGUUGCAGAGGACCAUGCCCAGCUCUCACCAAGAUUGGCGUCUUAAACCUCUGCUAACUCUCUUCGCUGACAGCAACAUAAACAUUGAUCAUCAUAUGUUCAAGAUUCCAAGAGCACAAAACCUCACAGCACAUUCUCUCGUCUCACAGGCCAUAAAGUUGCAUACUCAGUUUGUAUGUACCAGUGCUUCUCAUGGAAACUACUGUCCUGUCAAGGAAGCACUUCACUUUGUUUCCUGGGAUCAACUUGAUCUCCUCCAUGUAAAAUGUUGCUAA